AUGGCUGCAGUUCCUCCGGCUCUGGUCGAAAGCCGAGCAGAAUACGCGGUCGGCUCCUUGAUCCUCGUCCUACGCUGGUUCAUCCGCAUUAGAACACUGGGAGUUCGUGGUUGGUAUUGGGAUGACUGGUUCUCUGUCUCGGUCUUCGUGUGGCACACCGCCUUGUUCGCCAUGGUUGAAUAUCUUGCUGUCGUGGGAGCCCCUCUAGGCUUCACACAAGAGCAACGCGAGGCACUGUCACCGGAGGUUGCGGCACAGCUGCGGGCCGGUGCCAAAGCCAUGUAUGCCUCGUUCUUCAUCCUCAUAAAUUUUGUCUGGAGUGCAAAGGCCGUUCUCAUCGUCUUCUUUAUGCGACUAACGCGCCAGACGAACAUGAUCAUGUACAUGUAUGCCGUGGUAGGCAUCUCGGUCGCAUGCUGGGUUGCAGCUUGCAUAGCUACCUUUACACAUUGUCUGCCCAUCGAGAGAAACUGGCAGAUUCUUCCUGAUCCGGGUUUCGAGUGCUCGGCUGGAGUCACGCAGAAUAUUGUUAUUGCGACCGGGAAUGUCGUUGCAGAUGCUUUGCUUCUCGUUGUCCCCGUCCGCACCCUGUGGGAUGUUCAAAUGUCUCUUAUGCGGAAAAUCGGUAUCACCUUCCUCCUGUCACUGGGUCUUUUCGUCAUGGCCAUGGCUAUCGCGCGAUGCAUCCUGUCCGUCGACAACGGUCCCGGUGUGGCCCAAUCGUCCGUUUGGGUCUUCCGGGAAGCCCUCGUCACCAUUUUCGCCAUCAAUGCUCCGAUUAUGACGGCUCUCUUCCGCCGCGAGACGUGGACGACACGCAGGAGCGGCACUACGGGCUCGGGAUAUCCUAGUCGGGGCACUGGCAGUAAAUCUGGUGCCAUCGCCUUGCAGAACACACCGACGAUAGGGGGCUCGGGCGCUCAGAGCAAUACAAGAAAGAUUGGGGAGAUUUAUAAGACUACGGAGUUCGAGACCAGUAGUAGAGAGAGCACAAGUAACUUGGUGGCAGAGGGGAGCUCAAAGGCUAUCCCCCAGAACUUGAGAUAA